GCCGGCGCGGCGGCUUCCGAGACCGGCGCGAUGAGACCGAGACCCGCGGGGUUCGUGGAUAACAAGCUGAAGCAGCGAGUGGUUCAGUAUCUUACCAGUAACAGAUGUGGCAAAUAUGUGGACACUGGAUUUUUAGCAUCUGAUUUGCAAAGAAUGUACAGUAUAGACUAUGGUCGAAGGAAAAGAAAUGCUUUUCGGAUUCAGGUAGAAAAAUUGUUUAAUUUAAUUAGUAAUGAGAAAGGACUUAAGGAUGUAACAGAGCUAGAAGAUGAACAUCUAGCAAAAAGAUCAAGACAAGGUGAAGAGGAUAAUGGGAAUUCAGACAGUGAUUCUGAUGAUUCAAAUAUGGAAGAUUACCCAGAUCCACAGUCAGCCAAUCACAUGAACAGUUCCCUGCUAUCUUUAUAUCGGAAAGGAAAUCCUGAUUCUGUUUCAAAUACUCCUGAGAUGGAGCAAAGAGAACCCACCACUUCAACACUGCAACGGACUUCCAAAGACCGCUCUGUUCCUUCAAAGGCCUCUGCCACCAUUUCUCCAGGAGGGUGGUUUAUUGACAGAACUCCAGGUGGAAAGAAAGAGAGUUUUUUCUUGGACUUGGCAGAUGAGCACAGUAAUAAUAAGAAGCCAGUGUCUGGGAUACAGGAUGCAAAAGAUUCUUCUCUUCUGGAGAGUGAUAAUAAACAAAAAGUUAGGCGAAAGAGCAAAGGAAGCAAAAGGAAGAAAGAAGAUCUUCAGGAUGUGGAUGGAGAAAUAGAAGAUGUUUUGCAAAAGAAAGCUAAACCCAGAGCGCUAGAAUUGCAGACCUCCAGUAUGAAGUUUGAAGAUAUUGGAGGCAAUGAUUCGACACUAAAGGAGGUCUGCAAGAUGCUCUUACACAUGCGUCACCCAGAGGUGUACCACCACCUGGGUGUCAUUCCGCCUCGAGGCGUUCUCCUUCACGGACCACCAGGCUGUGGGAAAACGUUACUUGCGCAUGCAAUUGCUGGGGAACUUGACCUGCCACUUCUGAAAGUAGCCGCUACGGAAGUUGUGUCUGGAGUAUCUGGAGAAUCUGAACAGAAACUGAGAGAGCUGUUUGAACAGGCAGUGUCAAAUUCACCUUGCGUCUUUUUUAUUGAUGAAAUUGAUGCUAUUACCCCCAAAAGAGAAGUUGCUUCAAAAGAUAUGGAACGAAGAAUUGUAGCCCAGCUCCUUACCUGCAUGGAUGAUCUGAACAACGUGGCUGCUACAGCUCGGGUCCUAGUCAUUGGAGCUACUAACCGACCAGAUGCUUUGGACCCUGCUUUGAGACGUGCAGGAAGGUUUGACCGAGAAAUCUGCCUAGGAAUCCCAGAUGAAGCAUCCAGGGAAAGAAUACUUCAGACUUUGUGCAGGAAAUUGAAGCUUCCUGAAAUGUUUAAUUUUCGUCAGUUAGCACACCUGACGCCAGGCUUUGUCGGGGCUGAUCUGAUGGCGCUCUGCCGAGAGGCAGCCAUGUGUGCAGUCAGUAGGGUCUUGAUGAAGCUUCAGGAGCAGCAGAAGCCAGAUCCUGAGGCGGAAGGUUUGCUUGCUGCAGGAAGCCAGGAAGCAAGAAUAGGAACGGUGCAUACUUCUAAUACACAGGAUGAAUUGCAAAGGCUGCUGGGGUUGCUAAGAGACCAAGACCCCCUCUCAGAAGAACGGCUGCAAGGGCUGUGCAUCGAACUGAAUGAUUUCAUUGUUGCUCUAGACUCCGUCCAGCCUUCUGCCCAAAGGGAAGGCUUUGUCACUGUCCCUAAUGUGACAUGGGCAGAUAUUGGUGCCCUGCAAGAUGUUCGAGAGGAGCUCACCAUGGCGAUAUUGGCACCAGUACGUCACCCAGCUCGGUUUAGAGCGCUUGGAUUGGUGACUCCAGCUGGAGUGCUCCUGGCUGGUCCUCCUGGGUGUGGCAAAACUCUCCUAGCAAAGGCUGUGGCAAAUGAGUCUGGACUAAACUUUAUAUCUGUCAAGGGUCCUGAACUACUAAAUAUGUAUGUUGGUGAGAGUGAGCGUGCUGUGCGGCAGGUUUUUCAGCGAGCCAAGAACUCGGCACCCUGUGUGAUAUUCUUUGAUGAAGUAGAUGCCUUAUGCCCUCGAAGAUCAGACCGAGAGGCAGGGGCAAGUGUCCGGGUGGUGAAUCAGCUACUGACAGAGAUGGAUGGUCUUGAAACACGGCAGCAGGUUUUCAUUAUGGCAGCCACUAACAGGCCAGACAUCAUUGACCCGGCAAUCCUGCGCCCAGGCCGGCUGGACAAAACGCUCUUUGUGGGUCUGCCCCCCCCAGCAGAUCGUCUAGCCAUCUUAAGAACGAUUACAAAAAAUGGCACCAAACCCCCACUGGAUGCAGAGGUAAAGUUGGAAGCAAUUGCUAGUGAUAUCCGCUGUGAUUGCUAUACGGGUGCAGAUCUCUCUGCUCUGGUGCGGGAAGCUUCUCUCUGUGCCCUGAGACAGGACCUGGCAAACCAGGAGAUGGGGAAAGAAAAAGGUGAACUCAAGAUUUGUCUUAAACAUUUCGAAGAAGCUUUCAAGAAAGUAAAACCAUCUGUAUCAAAAAAGGACCAGGCGAUGUAUGAAGCCCUGCAGCGGUCUCUCCGGGGAUGACGUCUCCAGCGGGGUUUGGGGGAACCAGGGGCCUUUCACCAGCAGAGAAGACCAGGCGCCCGAAUCCCAGCUUUCAGCCUGGCACUGAUGUGGUUACUUGGAAGGUUGUAUUUUUAAUUUGUUGAAGCCAAGAAUGAACUGGAGGUUCUUCGGAUUGGGCCAGCUUUAAAAAAAACCAAAAAACAGUAAUCACUGAAAUACAAUAACUGAUCAUUUUUCUAAAUAAAAAUGUUAUUUUUAAUCA